UCUCUGAAUUUAAGAGUUAUGGACAUCCACAGGCAUCAGAAGAUCAAAGAGAAGUACCUUGAAGAACAAAGUCCAGCUUCCUCAUCUCCUUCUUCAGCAUCUUCAUCGCCUUCUCAUGAAUUUUCCUUCUCAGUUUCACUCCAAACAGACAAAACCAAAACCCCAUCUUCCUUCAACAUUGAUUUGUCUCCAGCAGAUGACAUCUUCUUCCAUGGCCAUUUGCUUCCUCUCCAUUUCCUCUCUCAUUCGAGAGCCCCUCCCCACUGCUCAAUAAACUCCAUUGAAAGCUCUGCUCUUCCCAUUGGAGACCUGCCAAGUGACGAGGAGCCUAACAAAGAGAUAAGCAACUUCACCAAUUGUAAGAGCGAUGAACAUUAUCAAAACAGCAACAGAGAUACAAGAGAAAAACACAAGUCAAGAUCUUUCUCUUUGCUUGGUUUAAGGUGGAGAAAGGGGUAUGAAGUUGAAGAGGAAGAAUCUAAAGAGAAGCAGCUCAAAAAGAAGUUCGGAUUCAAUUUCAGCCAUUUAUUGAAGAGAUAUACGAAAAUGGUGAGGCCAUUUUUACACCUUAGAGGGAGAAGAGAUGAUAUGCAACAACUCCACGGACAGUCUUAUUCAUUUUCAGGUAAUUUUAGUCUUAGAAACAAGCCAGAACAGGGAGGGAAAAGAGGUGAGCUCACAGCUCCAGUUUCCAAGAAAACACCUCCAACAAAUACAACACUUCCUCCUUCCAAUAAUGAUAGCACAAUGGAGGAGUUGCAGACAGCAAUUCAAGCAGCAAUUUCUCAUUGCAAGACCUCAAUAUUGAAGGAAGAGAGUUAAAUGUUAAGGGC